UUUUUUAGGAAGAACCCCUUCCAUGGUGAAUAUACGAUAUUUGCUGGACUAGAGGAUUGUCUCCGAUUCAUACAAAACUUUCGAUUCUCUAAAUCAGAUUUGGAUUUUAUGCGACGAACAAUGCCCGAUAGUGUAGAGCCGGCGUUCUUCGAUUAUUUGGCGACCGUGGAUUGCAGUGAUGUGAAAUUUUACGCGAUCAAAGAGGGCAGCGUUGUAUUCCCGAAAGUGCCGUUGAUUACCGUCGAAGGACCACUGGCGAUUUGUCAACUGCUCGAGACGACCUUCUUGAAUCUCGUCAAUUUCGCGAGUCUUGUUGCAACUAAUGCAUCGCGAUUUCGAAAUGUGGCUGGAAAUCGUGUUCAGUUACUCGAAUUCGGUCUUCGUCGUGCACAAGGACCGAACGGUGGACUUACUGCCAGCAAGUAUUGCUAUGUUGGAGGAUUCGACGCAACGAGUAAUAUGUUAGCUGGAAAGUUGUUCGGUAUACCAAUCAAAGGCACUCAAGCACAUUCCUUCAUAUGUUCAUUUAGUACUGUGAGCGAUCUCAAGUGCAAAUGGGGUGUAUCACGAAGCGAGGUGUCCGUCGGUGAAUUGUGUGCGUUCGUCGCGUAUGCAAUCGCAUUUCCAACCACAUUCAUAGCGUUGAUCGACACGUACGAUGUACUCAAAAGUGGAGUGAUCAAUUUCUGUGCGGUGACACUAGCUUUGCACGAUGCUGGUUACCGCUCGGUCGGAUGCCGUAUCGAUAGUGGAGAUUUAUCAUAUCUGUCCAAAGAGGUGCGAAACACCUUUCGUAAAGUGGCCGCCUUGUGA